AUGGCUCUGCUUCUUGCGCCUUACACCAAUGCCAUGAGGCUUGGGCAAGGCUUCAACUCUUAUACACAGCAAAUCUGUGUCGACGAUGCCGUUGCUAUCGACCCCAACAGAGCGGAGAACAUCGUCACCAAUGAUGGUACCACUAUGCGGAUUGUGGCAGAACUCACGGGCAAACCGAGCGCCUGGAACCGAAUCAGAGAGGUGGUCAAGGAAGGGCCCCUGGUCGACCAUGAGCUCGCUGAAAGCAAAGAGAACGUCUCCACAGACUCACCGCCGGAAGCCAUCAUCGAGGCUGCGGAGCCAGAAACUGUGGCGACCGAGGCCGCCAACCCAGCACCAGGAUCUAGUGAAAGUCCUCCAGAGGAAAAGGCAACAGCCUCGGAAGAGACUGCCGUAGCUGUAUCGGAGUCUGAAGUCGGCAAAGAUGCAGCUCCUGCAAGCGAAGAUGCGUCUGUCGACGAGUCAGGGAGACGUGAGAGUGGCUCUGUGAUUGAAGUUGAUCAUGAAGACGCUACCGCCGCCGCCGCAGCUGAUCAAAAUGAUGGACAACAGGCUGUGCCAAGCACAGCAGAGCCUUCCUCUACCGCGCCCACUGCUGCUGAAGAAGGCAAAGGCAAAGAAGUCGUGAAGACAGGUACAUCUGCCGCCCACCCAUCUCGCAACCGAUCGUCCUCUGUUGGCAACAAGCAGUCGGCAUCGACGUCAGAACUAGCUGUCCGAAAGUCGGACAAAUUCCAAGUCAAGGAAAUUCCGUCUCGACAAGCUCACAAGGGAGCCCUCGCUGCCCCUCAACAGAUGGAUGAGCUUGCUGUGGAAAAGGCCAAUCUGGAGAAAUCAGAGAAGCUCGAACUAUUGCAAGAAGAGAAGAAGCGCAUGGCCGAGCAGCGCGCAUACCUACGCGAGCUUGAACUCGAGAGACGCAAAGAGCAGACGCUCAUUCGACAGGAAGAAGCGAAGGAGCAGCAGGAGAUCCGCGCAGAGAAGCGAGCUUUUGAGAAGGCUCGCCGGGAUGCAGCGCAGAAAGCCAUCAAUGAAGCCGUGGCAAAGAACAAGGAUGCCUUGACACUUGAAGAGCUGAACAAGAUCAAGGCCCAAAACCAAUUUGCGGACCGCUUUGAAGGCGUGAUGAAAGAGGACAAGAAGUUCUACUUUGACCCCUCCACAGGCCGUGGCACAAGCCAGACCGUGACUUAUUCUAGCAAGUUCAUUGACAAGCUCAGCGAUAUUACGGAAGACAUGUGCAUCUCCGGUGCUCUGUCCGUCAAGAUGGCCAAGAUCGGUGGUUCCGGUCGAGGAUCGUUUGUUGACUCGGAUAAGUUCAAAGAAAGUGACUUAAGCUUUUACAUCAGCGUCAAAGUCGUCAACCAGACGGUCAACUUCAAGGACGCCCUCGAGUUCAACAAAUUGCGCUCAAUUGACAUCAACUCUGACGACUUCAACAGAGUAUACGGUGAUAGCUUCAUCUCCGGAUUCGUCGAGGGAGGCGAGUUCAAUGCCGUUGUCAGCAUGAAGGUGCACAACAAAGCAAAACUUCUUGACAUCAAGGCUGAAGCCAAGGUUGCCCUCACAGCAGGGCCAGUCGAUAUCACCGCGGAGGCCAAUGUUGGGAUCGCCCGCACCAACCUGGAGAUGAACACGGAGACUACUAUACAGGUUAGCUGGUGCGGAGGUGGGGUUAUCAAGCCAAUGGACCAGCCUUGGAACAUUCAGAGUAUCAUGGAAGCGGCCGCUCGCUUCCCCGAGUUGGUAUCCCAUUGUCCUCAGCGCACCUACGCCAUCCUUACAAAGUACGACACACUUCGCAGCUUCGUUGCUAUGCGCCCAGCUUCGUUCUCACCAUUACAGUAUGAGAACGCGCAGAUGUACACCAAUGUGCUCAUGGACGCAUUCAUGACGUACAAGUCAAUUUACAAAAGGCUAGGUGAUCAGAGCUUCAGCAUUCAGAACAAAACUCUGGAGUUUGAGCCGGUGGAUGCGGCGCAAGCGGAAGCCGAAAAGACUGCCGCAAUAGAGGCUGCAGCAAAGACGACGCCUCUGAUGGCUGAACUCAAACGCAAGAUCGACACAAAGCACCCGCGGGCGGCAGAGGCUCAACAAUACCUGGCAUCGCUCCAAAUCGCGGCUGAUAUAUCUCGUUUCGAGGCGUCUAUGAGAGGCAUCAGCGAUGCUCGCAAGUUUAUCCGCCGCCAGAUGGUCUACAUUGUCAACGAAGUAGACUUGAUUGAGAAGGACCCCAAGAUCGCAACCGACCAAGACCACGAGGAGCCGUUCCAGUCUCCACUGAUGUUUGAGGAUCGAUUACCGGCUACUAGAAUACCGGAUCGCCUGAAGUCCAAGUCUGAUCCCCUCGGUGGUCGCCGGAUCAUGGCCAAGACUCAGACCGAAGCAGAGCUCGAGGCAGAACAGAACUCUCAAGAGACAGCCGAUGCGGAUUCACCUCCACUGUACACCAUGGAACAAGAUCUUUCCAACGAGGAAACAGCUUCUAUGGAUAUAGUGAAGGAGAAGUAUCCGGGCAUUGGAAAGAGCCUGAGAGUUUCUGGAGCCGUUCCAAAGGCGGACGGCGGAGUGUUCUUCAACAAUCUGGACUUCCUCUUCCCAGAGUGGCAGGUAGAGCAUAUUACCAUCGGUAUUGCCAUGGGCCGCGUUGUCUCGGUAGAGAUCAAGUACGACAAUGGUUUGAUUCUGCAGAAGGGCAUGGCUCUUUCCGACGUCAAGUUCAAAACCCUAAAGGAUUUCCAGUCUGGAGAACGUAUUACCUCCGUGGCAAUCGAGGUUGGCGAACUUGCGUCCGGCGGUAGUGGAGAGCGAGUGUUGUCGAUCUGCAUGUACACCACUCGUGGCCGCAAACUACUGGGGCAAGCGGUUCGAAACGAAGUGCUAUCGAAGGAUCUUGUGCGAAAGGACGACUUUGAGUACAAGAAAGCGCACACUACCUUCGUCGAUGCAGCCUUCACCUCCGGAACGUUGAAGGGGUUCUUCGGUCGGCUCGACAUGGACUCACAAACAGGAGGCUUUUUGCGUGUCGGUGUCAUUUGGGGUGCCAAUAUCACGAGCAAAUCAGCUCUGACCACCACCGUACAAGAGGUCGCGCCCAUCUACGAUACCGACGAGAGCUCUACCGCGGCAACCAUUGAGACUUUCCGUGGACAGGUCCGCACCGCGGAAGAUGAAACGCGUUCGGUCAAGGCCGAACUCUCGGCCGCUCAAGACCGCGAGCGCUUGCUAAUUGAGAAGAGGACACAGCUUGAGGAGACGAUCCGGUCCCUCGAUCAAGAGAAAGAACGUUAUAGCGAGCUCGCCAAAACGGCGGAGUGGGACCGUCAUGAUGCUCAGAAUCUCUUGAACAAGGAGCGCCAGAUCAUCGUUGGUACCAUCCAAUACGGCGGGAGGAAUUACAUACUCAACGAGAACAUCCACAACAAAGUGCGCAGGCACAUCUUCAAUCGCUCGGCCAUUUCACUCACCAACGAUUUCUUCGAAGACGACCCGCGACCUGGUGAGGGCAAGUAUGGUGAAAUUGUUGUCUGGUCUUCUGAGAAGGGCGAGCAAAGUCUCCGAGGAUGGGAGGGAACAUCGGACACCUUUCUCUAA